CAAGGCCCCGCCCCCCUCAGGCCCGGGACACGUCUGCAGCGCGCGGAGCGGCCGGGGGGGCUGUCGAGCCAAGGCUGGAGGCACCUGAGGCUCCUCACAUCCCGAACUGCGGGCUGGGAGGAGGUGAGAUCCACUGUCCGGGCCCUGACCAUCUUCCUGGAUCGCAGAGGCUUCGACCCCCAGCGCCAGGACUCUCCCCUUAGCCCCGUGGCCCCCCGGGAUGCAGCCCCAGGAGAGCAGCAUCCAGUACAGUAGGUGGGAGGGCAGCAGCCGAGAUGGAGUCAGCGUGGCCAGCGGGCCCGGCGCAGAGGAGGCCUCGGGCUGUAAGAGGGUCUCCCGGAAGCUGUGCUCGGGCAAGCUGGGCAUCUCCUUGAAGGUGCUGGGUGGAGUGGCCCUCUUCUGGGUCGUGUUCACCCUGGGCUACGUCACCGGCUACUUCGUGCACAAGUGCAAAUGAACGCCGCCCAGAGCAUGUGCCCAGGGGCCUGGGCUCGGAGGGACACCCCGUGUGCGAGAACCCCUCCGUGUACACGGACCUCAGUGUACACAGCCUCCCAUAUACACAGACCCUCCUCUCUAUACACAGGCUCCCCUCUGUGUACACAGCCCCUCACCACGCACACAGACAGUCUCCCCGCCACCAGUGCACAGACUCCAGGGCCACACGGGGCCCACAUAUUGGCCUCAAGCUCACGGGGACACCACUGUGCACAGCUGUCUCAGGCACCCACAGGCGUACAGCCAAACAGGGACACGGGUACACAAGGACACACACGUGCGUGCCUGGCACACACACACAGCCACCCAGGGGCCCAGGUGGCUGGGAGACCGGGCCCAGCCUGAGCUGGGGCUGCAGGAUACACCCAGGCUAGGCCCUCAGUCCAGGGCCCCGAGAGCUCCCCUUCUCCCCCCAGCCCAGGACACAGGCCUGGCAGCCCCAGGGUGGGGUCCUCCCUGGGUGGGCAUCGUGCGGAGCUGUGUGGCCCUGAGCAGGCCCCCUGCCCUCUCUGGCCCUUCUGACUCCCGUUGUGAAAGGAUGGCUCUGAGGGGGUGCAUGUGUGUCCGUCUGUCCAUCCACCCUCCCCGGGGGCUGAGUCAUUUCCUGGGUAGAGUGGGGAGAGGGGCCUUAGCCCUUGUCCCAGACCCACCACUGCAUCUUCCCUCCAGGAGGGUGGACACGUUCCCCGGGGCUGUCCACCCCACAGAGUGGGCCCUGCAGGAGCCCGGCCCCUCCGCCGGCACCCUGUAGGAGGCCCAGACCCUGCACACGGAGGUCGUCAUUAAAAGUCUGUUGAAUGAAAACACGGAUGACGGUGUCUCCCGUGGGUCUCCCCGGCGAGGCGUGACUCACGGCCCCCGAUGUGAGGCCAGCUGGAGGGCAUCUGGAC